ACUACACAAUGUAUCAUGAAAUAAACCUUUUGUCAUGCUACAAAUUAAAUAUUGUGAAUUGUGGUCGUCAUAGAAAGAAAAUAAAGCAAAACAAAACAAUAAACAAUCGGCAUCAAGAAGAAAGAAAAAAGAAAUGAAUUCGCCGUCAGGAAAUACACUUUUUCAUGCUCAACACAAAAACAAGUGCUAUUGUCAAAAUAGAAAUCUCUGCUAUUGCACUGGAAUUGAGAAUCCUUUAAGGAAUUCAAAGCAUUCGCCAUCAACUUAUAAAUUUGUAAAAGUUCGCAGUGACAAGACCAAAGACAAUAAACACUUGAAUUCCAUAUCACUUUGUAGUACAACAAAUUCAUUUAGUCCAGCUCCGACAAUGAUGACUUCUUUAUCAUCAGCUUCAUCUAUGAGAACAGCAAGUAGAAGUUGUAAUUCUUCUCAGCCAAGCCUAACUGGAAGACGUGAACUAUAUGAGAGAUCAAAAAUGGAAGGAACUGGGUUUAAUCACAACUUUAAUGUUUGUACUUGGAAUAUACAAGAACACAUUUUGUUCUCCGGAACAGAAGUUAGAGAACAAAAUUCAAACAUUUUUAAUGAUGAACAAAUUGCAAAACUUCAAGAAUUUCGUCUACAAAAUGUCGAUGAAUGUUUAAGUUCUUGCAAUAGAUAUUCAGUGGAUAAGUUUAAACAAUUAAGUAAGUCAAAAGAACCACAAGAACAAAUAAAAUACACUCUGAAUAGCAGAGGUCUUUUGAAAUCUGUGGGAGACAAUGACGAUGGACAAGCUGCUAUAGUAAGCUCAAAGUUUGUAGUUAAAGAUAUUCUUAGACAAAGAUUGAAUUCUUCAAAGGAAAAAGAUAAACUCAUUCGAAAGGCACUUUGUUUACCGGAAAAUAGUUUAGCCCUAAGAUAUCAAAAGACAUGUUGAAAAAAUGUAUUAAAUUUAAGUCCAACUUGGUACCUAUAAUUUUUGUAGUAUAGUCAAAUAAAAAUAUUUUUAAAUUAAUUAAAUGGCUUAUUAAAUUUGAA